AUGAGAGCAAGCACGAACCAAGUCGAAAGAUCACGAGGAGGUUUACUCAAUAGUCCUACUUGUCGACGUCUGAUGUCUUUACCAAUAUGGGGUGGACGAUGGUCAUAUUUUCUUGUCGAAACCGAUCCGGGCGACGAGUUGGCCUGUAUCGAUGCAUUUCAAUAUGAUGCGAGUCGAGAAACGAGGGAUUUGGUUUUAGGUCGAUUGCUUCCUACGCAUCAAGCAGUUUCUGAUAGCUUGGAAGACAUGCUUGCGAUUCUGAGUGUGCAUGUUGAGAGCUUCAACACAAUCAAAUCUUGUGAAAGUGAUCUUGUAGUGAUGGAACAUCAAAUGGAAGAUACGAUGGUUAGCGACUGGGUUCGCAUUCUCAACUCAGUUCACUCUGAUGCCAAAGCUGUUCUAGCUGCGUGGAAUCGACAAGAGCGCGACUUGAUCUAUGAAGAGCUUAUGACAAUGACCGAACUAUCCCCCAUCACACGUUGGUACAUCAAUCAAAAUAUUCGGGCGAUCACGAAACAAGAGGAUCGUUGGCGCAAAGGGGUCACAAUGAACCUAUCCGAAAGACUCCUCUUCUGGUUCUGGAAUCUAUUUAUGCUUCUCGGGUGCAUCAUUCCAGACACGAUCAACUUUCUUGUACACGCUUUAGUGGCUGUGAUGCGUUCAUUGCCUAAUAGGCCUCAACGUUUGAUGAUGAUAUUGUCAAUUGUAGAUUUCCCCUUUGCGGAUGAAAGACUGGCUAGGUCUUGCCUCGUCCAACACUUCAUAGGUCUUUUGAUCAGUGAUAUAUUCGGUCUCAAAGCUACUUUUGAUGAAAACUUUCGAUACACCGGUUUUAAGAACAUCAAAGGAUUAUGGUGGAAAGGCCUUUUGACCGUUCUCUGGAAUUUGAUAGCUCACAAUCGGAAAAGACUAUCCGAUGUUUUCUUCAAGCUUUCGAUUAAACAUCAAACUGUUUCGAGCACGACGAUUGAAACCAUCGCCCUCAAAUUCCGACGCUUACGACGUUGUAACUCUUACAGCUUCUCGUGGUUCGAGACUUAUAAGCAAAGUCAUCGGUUUAGAAUGCAAAUUAGUUAUCAUAAACAAGACCAGGAAGAUAUCGUACGUGCAUUGAAAUGGACUGGUCGCUUCAAAUAUCGAGUUAGAUCUAGUGAGGAUCUCUUUGGAAAGUUUACCAUUUGGAUUGCUACCAUUAUCAUUGGUUGUUCGAUUUGCGCAUCAACUUUUCCGAUUAAUGCUUAUGCGGCCUUGACACCUUUAACUUAUUAUUCAAAUAUUAUAGUCUGGAUGGGAUUAGAUGUCUUAAAUCGAUCACAAAGUUAUCUAGAUGUAUUACGAUUCUUUACCAUCAAUGUAGGUUCAAUGUUUCCCGCUAUCACAAUCUUGAUCAUCAACUUGGGAUGGUGGAUAGCGAAUCGCAGAGCACUCUUCACUUACUUAAACCGUCCUUUUUGGAUUAGUUUUGGAGUUAUGUUUGUGGCUAGUUUGUACGCUAAAUUCUAUGGUGAAAUGUUUAAAUCGUUUGGUCUUUGGAUUCGUAAGAUGUUUAUAAAACCUAGUAAACCAUCCACCAGUAUUAAUACGAUAGAGUUAAAGUGUUAG